AGCUGCAGUGAGAGCCCUGCUCUGUGUAAAUUGGGUGUGCAGCUGCAGUGUGAGCCCUGCUCGUGUGUAAAUUGGGUGUGAAGCUGCAGUGUGAGCCCUGCUCCACCUGCACUGAGAUGAAAAAGCCUCUGACACCAGGAGGGUAAAGCCUGAUGCUGCUCCAGGCCUCAGCACAGGUGUGCAAUAAAACCCCCACGUUUCACACCCAACAUUAUUUAUAAAAUAACUGCAUUAAUAAACUGCAGAGCUUGCCAUAAAUCCACUUUGCAUCCUUGAUUUGGGCAUGAGAGGAUUAAAGAAAGCUCAGGCAGUGCUUGAGCUGGUGCUGUCCACCCAGGGCAGGAGGGUGGUGGGUUUAUUCCAGCACAGGCACUGCCUUGGGCCUGAAAACAGAAAAGUUCCCAAAGCAAAGCCUUUUAUGUACCUACAGGCAUCAUCCUUGGAUCACAGCACUCCUGGAAAAUCCAUGGAUGCAGAAUAAGGUGAAUAAUCUGAUUAUUUCUUUCCUGCAGGCAUUCUGUUUUUUCCCUACGUGUUUUUCGUAGGAUGAAAAUCCAAUUUGUAUGUGCAAAAAAAGGUGAAAGCUGCUGCCUGCCCGUGCCUGAGAGCCGCUGUGGAGAGGUGGGAGCAGCACUGCCAGCCUCACAUUUCUGACAGGGCACCCGGCACAGAUGGGAAAAUCAAGCAGCACUGAAGCAUGACAGAAAGCACGGAAAAUCUUUGUUGCUAUUUUUAAAAUAGAAAAGCAAACAAGUUCAGCUGAGGGGGUUUUUUAUUGAAAAGGUUGUUGUGCCUUUUAGAGAAUUCAGGCAACCCAGAUGUCAGCGUUUUGUCAGUGUGUGGGUUGUUGCACAGGGUAAAAAUCCGGGCGAGGAGCUGUGGGGAUGGCAGGGACGGGCUGGGAACGGCUGACGGAGGUUUGUGCUCCAUGCAGCCAGCACUGGCCUGGCAGGACAUGAGCGGCGCCGGCACUGCAGGCCACGGCCCGUCCAACAGCUCUGGGCUCGGCCCGUCCUUCCUGCUGGCCAGCGUCGCGGGGCUGGAGGCGGCCCAGGCCUGGCUGCCCGUCCCGCUGUGCUCGGCCUACGUGCUGGCCAUGGGCCUGCUGCUCGGCGUGCCGCCCGCCAUCGGCCUGGCGCUGGCCACGGGCCUGCUGCUCGGCGUGCCGCCCACCGUCGGCCUGGCGCUGGCCACGGCCACCGUGCCGCACACCCUCUGCUUCUGCUGGCUGGGCAGCCGCCGGAUCGGCUUCGGGGCCUGGCUGCUGCCGAUGUUCCUGAUCCACGCGCUCUCGGCCGCGCUGCUGGCCAUGGCCACGGACCGCUACGUGGCCAUCUGCCACCCGCGCCACGCCGCCCUGCUGACCAGCGCGGCCAAGCUGGGGCUGCUGGCCCCGGCCGGGGGGGGGCUGUUCUUCCUGCCCCUGCCGCCGCUGCUGCUGCCGCUGCCCUUCUGCGGCCCGCGGGUGCUGUCGCACUCCUUCUGCCUGUACCAGGACGUGAGGAACCCGGCGUGCGCCAACACCACCCCCAGCGUGGCGUGCAGGCUGACGGCCAUCCUGCUGGUCAUGGGGCUGGACGCCGUGCUCAUCUGCCUCUCGUACCUGCUCAUGCCGGCCGUGCUGCGCCUGGCGGCCUGGCAGGAGCGCCUCACGUUGGGCACCCGCGCCACCCACGUCUGCGCCACGCUGGCCUUCCACGUGCCGCUGGUCGGGCUCUCGCUGCUGCACAGGCUCGGGAAGGGCCUGGCCCCGCCGGCGCACAUCGCCAUGGGCAAUGUCUGCAUCCUGGCGCCCGCCGUGCCCAACCCCGUCGUCUGCGGGGUGAGGACCAAGCAGAUCCAGAGGAGGAUCCUGAGCCUGAUCCGCGCGGCUGGCAGAGCUCCCCGGUGACCCGGGCUCGGCUCCUGCCAGGGCCUGGCCUGGCUCAUGGGUUUGCGCUCAGAGCCUGCGGUCUGGGAUGUGCUCUGCGUGUGCCAGAGGGAAG